AAUACGGAAGUGAGCAGUAGGGAACUCUCUUGUCAGUGUUUUUGGCUAUCAGGUUCCUGGCUGUGCUGCUGUUCCUUGUGAGUGAAACGUAUGAUUCGGGUUUGAAACUYGGCUCUGUUUGUUGUGUUUACGUCCGAACCCCCGGGCCGAAGGACAGAACACUAAAAGGGGGAAUGGAGUCUCACGGCAGAGACGAAGGGAAAGGUCCGGUGUUGCACAUCGUGGUUGUUGGGUUUCACCACAAAAAAGGCUGUCAGGUUGAGUUCUCGUACCCCCCUCUGAUGCCAGAUGAGGGUCACGACAGCAACCUGCUACCAGAGGAGUGGAAAUACCUCCCUUUCCUGUCUCUUCCUGAUGGAGCACACAACUACCAGGAGGACACAGUUUAUUUCCAUCUGCCACCUCUCAGUGGAGACACAAAGUGCGUUUAUGGAGUUUCCUGCUAUCGCCAAAUAGAAGCAAAGGCUCUGAAGGUCCGACGGGCUGAUGUCACCAGGGAGACGGUUCAGAAGAGCGUCUGCGUCCUCAGUCGAGUGCCUCUCUACGGUUUACUUCAAGCAAAGCUGCAGCUCAUCACACACGCCUACUUCGAGGAGAAGGAUUUCUCGCAGAUCUCCAUCCUGAAGGAGCUGUACGACCACAUGAACAGCUCUCUCAGGGGGUCAGCUCUGGAUGGCUCACAAGUUUAUCUAGGCUUAUCACCGAGAGACCUAAUCCUUCACUUUCGACACAAGGUUCUCAUUCUCUUCAAGCUCAUUCUGCUAGAGAAGAAGGUUUUAUUCUACGUGUCUCCUGUUAACAGACUAGUGGGAGCUCUGGUUACGGUUCUGUCACUGUUUCCAGGGAUGAUCGAACACGGCCUGGUGGAUUCGUCCCACUACCGCCCUAAGAGCAGCGUGUCGGAGGAUGUGAAUCUACUGGAGAGCGUUUCUGRAGCCGAGGAGUUUGUCUCUGUGUCCGUCACCGACCUGACCAACACUAACUUAGAGCUAGAGGGCGUGGAGGCGGCUCGUCCUGCUCCAGAGACUCUGUCCUCUGGGAAUAGCAAUGAGGACGACAACAACCACCUCAAACCUCCCUCGCGCCCCUCUCCUGAGUCCUCCGAUAGCGACUGGGAGACUCUGGACCCUAGCGUGUUGGAGGAAGGUGGUCCGAAAGGGGCAGCCGUCACGGGGUCAGAACUGUCGGAUACGUUUGACUCCAAACCYGAAACACCAAUCACAGUGCAGCCGCAGGCGGCCAGCGGUCAGGGAGGGGUCACCCAGGGGCUGGUGUUGGGUCUGGAGGAGGAUCAGUACGGCUUGCCGCUCGCCAUCUUCACUAAGGGCUACCUGUGCCUUCCUUAYAUGGCUUUACAGCAGCAUCACCUUCUAUCAGAUGUGACGGUGCGAGGCUUUGUUGCCGGGGCGACCAACAUCCUCUUCCGUCAGCAGAGACACCUCAGUGAUGCUGUCGUUGAAAUAACGAGAGGCUUCUGGCUGACUAUGGAGCUCCUUUCAUCGCGGCGUGGAAGAUCACUCACAACUACCGGGUGUGGUUCAGCAACAAACAUCCUGCCAUGACAGCCAUCACUCCAGGCCACCCCUUUCAGGGCCAGUACAGUGUAGCUGAUGUCAAACUACGACUCUCACACUCGGUGCAGAACAGCGAACGAGGGAAGAAGAUUGGAAAUGCCAUGAUGACAACCAGCCGCAGUAUGGUCCAGACCGGAAAGAUCGUGGGUCAGUCUGUGGGUGGAGCGUUGACGAGUGCCAAGUCUGCCAUGUCCUCCUGGUUUUCUACACUAGCUCCGCCCGCACCAGUGACCUCAUCGUCCUGUCCCGAACCUGCCACUGAGGCGAAGCAAUAACAGUCGGUGUCCAAAACUCCUCAGUGACUGUUUCUGUGUCCUCAACCUUUUGUUAAGGAUGUGAGUAGAAAAACAAACAUCUUUUUUUCCUCAAAUUUGAAGGGAGACCAAAAACUUGAUGAUCUCUGACGUGGAGAAUCUGGACUUUACACAAUGGCAUCCAAUUACCUGAACCGUCCAUAAACACUGUGAGGUAGAAACUGCCACCACUGUUGAUCAAAAUCAGAGAAUUGACCUCCCGUUUCUCUCCGCUGCAGUUUGGUUUCUUUCCCUGUGAGACACAAAAAAUGCUGUAUUUGGUUUUGCUGUAUUGCCUCUUUGCUGCAUAUUAUUCAGUUUAUCUGUUUUUUUUCCCUGCAAAUUUUACCAAUAAUAGCAUGAGCCAUGGCACCCUAAAAGUUUUAUCUUAUUAAGAUUUUAAUUCAUUCUGGUUUAAUACCUCUGUAAUAACACUGUGGUUAUUUUAGCAAAGGAGAAUUUAAGACAUCGACCUAGGGAUAGCUGAAAUCAGCUAGCAAUAAAAUUAUUUAUUUCUUUGAAGUUGCAACGAUUGAAAGAAAGACAAUGAAAAAAUAUGUUGAGUAAAUUUAUUAGCUAAAAUAUGGAAUGCAAAAUAAAUAAGUUAAAUAAGGCUUUAUUUUUUACUUUGUAACAGAAUUUUUUUUCACAAAAUUUUAACAGUUACCUUACAUUAAUUAGAAAUAAUGAGCAGUAAACAAUAAAUCACAUUUGUUCACCAAAAACUAACCAUAAAUUAUUUCUGGUGUGGUUGUACUUAAAGACAAUAAUUUUACAAAAUAAUGAAGAGUAGUAGAGGGGUGCUAAAGAAAACUGAGACACAAAAGCUCAAAUUUCUGUUUUUAUUUUAAAUUGUAGUCUUUUUUUUUUUUUAUAAAAUUCAUUGACACUUUCUUAUUUUAAUGGUCACAUUUUUUUAACUUAUUUUGAGACAUUUCUGUAUUGAUGACUUAUUUUGAGAGCCAUAUUAAAUGAAUGUUUCUUUUAAUCUGAAAGUAUUAAACAUAAAUGUGUUCGAUUCACUCCUGAUAAACACCUUCAAAGUUAGCAGAUGUUAAAGUUUGGACAUAGUUACUGAAACAACCACAGUGUGAUUACAGAAAUCCUCGUGAACCAAAAUGUAUAUUUUUAGGUUAAAAAACACCUGUUAGUUGUGAAGGAGUCUCUGAAAUUUGUGCGUUUGUUGGUAACCCCAUCCCAGGUCUUUUUCUACUUCCACACAUAUAAAUAUAUAUUUGAAGAAAUCUAUUUAGUAAAACGGAAACACUACCCUCAUUACAGAUGACAUAUUUAUUUGUUGUGUAACUUAUAUAAAAUAUUAAACAGGAAAAAAAAGAUAAAUAUGUACGAUUUCUCAUGACAACACUGGAAGAAGUGGACCACUGUGGUUAUUUGCACAAAGCAGCCUUUUUCUUGUCUCUUUGUGAUACUUUACCUUGUAAAACUGUCAUUUUUCAGAUGCUUACAGGAUCUUUUCCCUUCAUGCUGCUCAGACUUUGGGAUUAAAAGUAAUCUACUGAGCAUGCUCUCCUCUGACUUUUCCCGCUUUUAAAUACGUAAUGUUGGUCACAUGUGCUUCUGUCAUUUAGUGUUUCCUGGAUUAGGUUUGGUUAAAUAUAUGCUAUUUUUUGUUUCUUUUUUUUAUCUUCUGAAGAUCUAUUUUCAUUUUCUAUUUAAAUGUUCUGUAUGUAUUUUAUUUCACAGAAUAUUUUCCUGAGAGAUGCUUUUAAUGUUUUGGAGAAUGAAGUGAUAUACCAUGUUGCUGUAUUAAAAAAUAAAUAAAAAAUGCACUUUUAUUCUUA